AAAAACUGGUUUGUUAUUACACCCUAAAAAUUAGCAUUUUAGCAACACCGUUGUUUUUCAACGUCUUCUUCAUCAACCGUCGUUAGUCGCCACCACCACAACCACCAAUCACCGUCGACCAUUGAUGGCCAUGACCACCAAUGGCUCCUCUUCAAAAUUGAUCCGAUCAUUUGUCCACCGUGUGAAGUCAUCCCCUACCACCACCCUCACCACACCAAGAUUCCGUUCUGCACAAAGAACAACCAUCAACACAACGGCAACAACAAUCUUCCCAACUCCGCCACCAACACCACCGACGACCACCAUCGUUCCUGACCAUUCACGUGACGCCAUAUUCGAUUUCGAGGAUACGAAAGGUUUGUUCUCAUCCGUUACAACCGGGAAACUUCUCCGGUCGGCGGCGAACCUGAACCUGGCGGCGGUGGAGCCGGUGGUGGAUAUGGGUGUUUGGGUUAUGAAGUCUAGGCUCAUGCAAGUGGGUUUGUUUAGAGAGAUUGUUUUGGGUGUCAUUAAACAUACGUCGUAUGAACAUUUUGUUGCCGGAGCGGAUACGGAAGAAACGGGUCGGACUGUUAAGAAGCUUUGGGAAUCCGGGUUGAGAGGGAUGUUGGAUUAUGGUUUAGAACAUGCGAUUGAUAAUGAAUCUUGUGAUAUAAACGCUCAAGAAUUCAUCAAAACUGUUGAAUCAACACAAUCUUUACCUCCUUCUUCUGUUAGCUUCGUGGUUGUGAAGAUCACUGCAAUUUGUCCAAUUUCUUUACUUAAAAGGGUGAGUGAUCUUCUUCGAUGGGAAUACAAGAAUUCUUCAUCGACGAAUCUUCCAUGGAAGCUUAAAACCCUUCCGAUCUUUUCAGAAUCAAGCCCAUUUUACCACACUUUAGAAAAACCAUCACCAUUAACACCCGAAGAAGAACACGAUCUCGAAUUAGCCCAUCAGAGACUCGUAAAAAUCUGCAACAAAAGCAUCGAAUCCAAAGUUCCGGUAGUAAUCGAUGCUGAAGACACUUCAAUCCAACCAGGAAUCGAUUACUUUACAUACUCAGCCGCUGUCAUGUACAACAAUGGCGAAAAGCCCUUAAUUUUCGGCACAAUCCAAGCUUACCUGAAAGACGCCGGCGAACGGCUGUACGCCACCAAGAAAGCCGCCGAUCAAAUGGGAUUACCAGUUGGAUUCAAGUUAGUUAGAGGCGCUUACAUGUCGAGUGAAUCCCAAUUGGCUAAUUCUUUAAACGUUGAAUCUCCCAUUCAUAAUAGCAUCAUCGAUACACACAAUUGUUACAACGAUUGUGCUUCGUUUAUGCUUGAUGAAGUCUCAAAUGGACCCGGUGGACUCAUUCUCGCUACCCAUAAUCUUGAAUCAGGAAAAUUAGCUGCACAAAAGGCAAGAAAUUUGGGAAUUGGGAAAGAUAGUGAGAAGCUUGAGUUUGCCUCACUUUAUGGAAUGGCAGAAGCGAUGACAUUUGGGUUGCGAAACGCUGGAUUUGGUGUAAGCAAGUAUUUACCAUUUGGGCCAGUUGAUCAAAUCAUGCCUUAUCUUCUUCGAAGAGCAGAAGAGAAUAAAGGGUUGUUGUCUUCUUCGAAUCUUGAUCGACAAUUGAUGAUGAAGGAGUUGAAGAGGAGGAUGAAGGGUUAUGUUGGACAAGGGUUUGAAGAGAGUGAGAGGAGUUUUAAAUCGGAUGCGGGUUCGAUUGUGAAGUUAAAUUAGGGGGGAAAUGAAGGGGAAAAAGUGUAAAUAGUGAAGAUAUUUGGGGAAAGAAGGCCUCUUGCUUUGUUUAGGAUAAAUAUGUGUUGUGUUGGGAUUUUGGUUAUGGAUAUACCAAAGUAGUGGAAGAGGUGCUUUUUGUGUUCAUGGAAGUUAAUAAAUGGAGACUUUGGAAUAAGAUUAUUAUUUUACUUGUUUAAAA